GGGAUUUGGACUUUGGCCUGCACCCUAAUAAAGCUCUCAUUGAUUUCUAGCAAAAAACUGAAUGGCCCUUAAUAUAAAUCUUUUCACAUGACCCUUCUGUUUGUCUAGGGUUAGGGUUUGUAUGAAGGAAUUUUUUUCUUCUGUUUGCAACAAUUUUUGUUCUUCCAGAAAUACCCUUUAUCUGGGUCUCUCUGAAUUUGGUCAAUUUUCUUGAAAAUUUUGGAGUUUCUUGACAUCAUUUGGAUUGGAUAGGGGUUUCUGGGGCAAGAGGAAAGGUGGGUCUUGUUUGUCAUAUCUGGAUUUGUGGGUACCCCUGAGCCCAGAUUUUUUUUUUUUUUAUUUUCUGUAACAAAAGCGAUUUGCAACUGGGUUAGGGUCAGAUCUGUUGAAUCGCUUUACCCUCUUUGUUCUUUAGUUUAAUUUUUCAAUUUUUUAGGGUUUUCUUCUUCUGGGUUUCUUGAAUUUCGCUUGUUUGAUGAUAAAGUGGGUUUGGUCAAUGACGUUUGAGCUGCUUUAGGUCAAAUCCUAAAUUCAGAUUCUGAUUCAAGUAUAUGAUUGAUGGGAAUGGAACCUGUUGGAGCUUGUCCUAAGGAAGAGGAUAUUGAAAUUCCAGCAGUUCCGCCAGGUUUUGAGUCACUUGCACCUUUUUACCUAAAGAGAGUGGAUGAUAGCAAAGAUAUGAUUAGCUGCUCAGCCUCCACAAGUGCUUCGGAAUCACAAUCAGUCCACAUGGAAAAUGAGCGUGACAUUAAUGAUGCUGCAAAGGUUACUAGGUCCCUCAGGCGCAGGCCUUGGAUAAACUACAGCCGAUUUGAUAACAGUUCAGAUGAUGAGUCAGAGAUUCAGAAGCCUGCUCAAAAUCUCCCUUCAAUGCCUCGCCUUCCCAAGGGGGUCAUCCGUGGAUGUUCAGAUUGCAGUGACUGCCAAAAGGUCAUGGCAAAAUGGCGUCCGGAAGAUGGUUGCAAACCUGACCUUGAGGAAGCUCCUGUGUUCUACCCCAGUGAAGAGGAAUUCAAAGAUACUUUAAAAUAUAUAGCAAGUAUACGUCCUAGGGCAGAAGAAUAUGGGAUUUGUCGCAUUGUUCCUCCUCCUUCCUGGAAACCUCCUUGCCCUCUUACGGAAAAACAUAUUUGGGAGAGUUCUAAAUUUGCUACUCGUGUCCAAAGGAUUGACAAACUUCAAAAUCGGAAUUCAAUGAGAAAGUUGUCAAAGAUGUACAACCAUGUGAGAAGGAAAAGGAGAAGAUGCACAAGAAUGGGGGCAGAUCGUGGGACUGCUAGUGAGAGUAUUUCUGUUCCUGGUGAUUCUGGAUUAUAUGAGGCUGAGAGGUUUGGGUUUGAACCUGGUCCAGAGCUUACUCUUGAUGCAUUUCAGAAAUAUGCUGAUGAUUUCAAGAGUCAGUACUUCAGCAAGAAUAAAAGUGCUGCAGAUUUGGAAGGUAAUGUGACCACACAAUGGGAGCCAUCAGUGGAGAAUAUUGAGGGCGAGUAUUGGCGGAUGGUAGAGAAACCUACUGAUGAAAUUGAGGUCCUUUAUGGGGCUGAUCUGGAGACUGGAGUUUUUGGGAGUGGGUUCCCAACAAUGUCAAAUCAAGUCACUUCUGCUUCAGAUGACCAGUAUAUAAAAUCAGGAUGGAACUUAAAUAACUUUCCUAGGCUUCCAGGUUCUGUCCUCUCUUAUGAAAGUGGUGAUAUAUCUGGUGUUCUGGUUCCAUGGUUGUAUAUAGGAAUGUGCUUUUCCUCGUUUUGUUGGCAUGUUGAAGAUCACCAUUUAUAUUCUUUGAAUUAUAUGCAUUGGGGUGCCCCAAAAAUGUGGUAUGGUGUCCCGGGGAGAGAUGCCCUUAAAUUGGAGGAGGCUAUGAGAAAGCAUUUACCUGAUCUAUUUGAAGAACAGCCCGACUUACUUCAUAAAUUGGUCACACAACUUUCCCCCUCCAUACUUAAAUCUGAGGGGGUACCUGUGCACCGGUGUGUCCAGAAUCGUGGGGAAUUCGUUCUGACAUUCCCUCGUGCAUAUCAUUCUGGAUUUAACUGCGGCUUCAAUUGCGCUGAAGCAGUAAAUGUAGCUCCUGUUGACUGGUUGCCCCAUGGUCAAAAUGCCAUAGAGCUCUAUCGUGAGCAGGGACGAAAGACUUCCAUUUCCCAUGAUAAACUGUUGCUUGGGGCGGCGAGGGAAGCAGUUAGAGCACAUUGGGAACUUCAUUUACUGAAAAAGGAUACUUUGGAUAACUUAAGGUGGAAAGAUGUUUGUGGGAAGGAUGGCAUCUUAGCGAAAUCACUCAAGGCACGUGUUGAAAUGGAGCGUGUGAGUAGGGAAUUUCUGUGCAAUUCUUCGCACGCAGAGAAGAUGAAGAGUAAUUUUGAUGCCACCAAUGAGAGGGAAUGCAGUCUAUGCUUUUUUGAUUUGCACCUCUCUGCAGCAGGUUGUCAGUGUUCCCCAGAAAGAUUUGCAUGCCUUCAUCAUGCAAAGCAAUUCUGUUCAUGCUCUCAGAACACCCGAUUUUUUCUCUUUCGUUAUGACAUCAAUGAAUUAAAUAUCCUUGUUGAAGCCUUGGAAGGAAAAUUAAGUGCCAUAUACAGAUGGGCAAGAUUAGAUCUUGGCUUGGCUCUAAGUUCUUCCAUCUCCAGAGACAAUUUCCAAGUUCCAGGUUUUCUUGGUAAAUUAUCUCAUAGCCAAACAGGAGCUGUUUCAGAAAAGAUGACUUCAGAAUCGAUAAUAGCUUCAUUUAAAGAACUAAAAGGGGAAGAAAACACUAGAGAAACCAUAAUCAACCCACCAGGGACUGUUGGAGUGGCCUCACAAUUGAAAGGGAAUCCAGCAGAAGCUGUUUUGGAGGAAGGAAAAGCAUCAUCUAUGUUUUCUGUGCCUUCGAAUGAUACUGAUGCAGCUAAUCAUAGCUCUCGGUUAAAAAAUGAUUCAUUUGAGUCGUUACCUUCCAACAGCCUAUUUUGUAAGCUUUCUCAAGAAGACACAUCAUACUAUGACAACUUGGCUGCAGAAGAAGCUGAACUAAAGAAUCAUGCAGGACUGAGACGUGCUAAUGUUAUAUACCUUAGUGAUGAUGAGGGUGAGGAGAUCAAAAAGCCAGUUUUGGAUAGAGCUAACAAAACUUCCUCUGCAAGACAUUUGGAACCUUCUGAGAGGUUGGUGACUUCUGAUUGCCAGGCAAGUCUAUGUAACCAUGAUAAGGAGCAGGCCUUGACAACACCAAUGACCAAUGCCAUGGUGAUGGGUGAAGGAGAUGUAAAUUUGUUGCCGGAUGUGGAAAAGAAUGCUGUUUCGUGCCAUGUAGGUUCUACUGGUGCAGGUUUUGAGAAAAAUAGGGGCACUGAUAAUGACAUGACAAGGGUCUCAAGUUACCCCAUGCAUACACAGCCUUGUGGCAGUGGAAAUUUUUACGGGGAGAAUAAAGUUGAAAGAAUGGGAUUAAAUGCCAGUUCAAAGUCAGUGGAUGAUGUCCAAACUGUCUCAGGAAGCCCAUCUUGCUCUCAAAAUAAUUUGGACAGAUACUUCCGCCAGAAGGGUCCUCGCAUUGCAAAGGUAGUGCGGAGGAUCAACAGGAAUGUUGAACCUCUGGAAUUCGGAGUUGUAUGCCCUGGCAAGCUAUGGUGCAGUAGUCGAGCCAUUUUCCCCAAGGGAUUUAGAAGUCGAGUUAGGUACAUUAGCAUUUUAGAUCCCACAACUAUGUGUAAUUAUUUGUCGGAAAUUCUGGAUGCUGGAAAGGAUGGACCUCUGUUUAUGGUUUCUUUGGAGGAAUGUCCAAGUGAGGUAUUCAUUCACGUUUCAGCUUCUAAAUGCUGGGAAAUGGUGAUUGACAGAGUGAAUCAAGAGAUCACAAAGCAGCAUAAGUUGGGAAGAAUGAAGCUUCAUCCUUUACAGCCUCCUGGGAGUCUUGAUGGCCUCGAAAUGUUUGGUUUUUCUUCACCAGCAAUCAUGCAGAUUAUCGAGUCAAUGGACAGGAAUCGAGUCUGUGCAGAGUAUUGGAAAUCCCGACCCCAAAUGCAGUCUCCACAACAUUCUCAAUCCAAAGACAGCAGUGAAAGCUUCUUUCUGAAUUCCAAGGAACUAACUGAUAAAGAGGCAUGUGGGAAUCAGUCAUUAGCCAUUGGAGUUGAUAUGAUACUCAGAGGCCUGUUCAAGAAAGCAAACUCGGAAGAAUUACGUUCGCUAUGUAGCAUUUUGAGUGGCAAUAAUGCAACUGCUGACCAAGGCCUGGUGACUCGGCUUCUCAAUGAAGAGAUUGACAAGCACCCCAGAUGAUACUGGUCUCAAAGGGAUUUGAAACAAUACCUUUCUAUGCAGUUUGAACUUUGUAAAUUCUGAACACUGCUUUCAGGUUGCUUAUUCUUUCAUCCUGGUCAUUCUCCCAUGGACUAAUACCAUUCCGACAGUUUGUGACAGCAAAGAAGCUGAACGUUCAUCUGGUGAAUGCCCCUGUUUUUGUAAUAUGGUGCUCAAAGUCUUCUAGCAGGGGAGUUAACACAUACGUCUAAAUCUUUAUUAGUUUUUUCUCAGUAACACUGAUGUGAGCUCUCAGUCUCAUUCUCAGUGUACUGACUCAUUCAAAAUGUUAGAAGAUUACUGAUUGCGCUCAUUGAAAAUUAACACCAUUUUUUGUAUAAAUAAUUAGUUUUGAGGACUUGCUAGAGAUUCACAGAGAUUUACAUACCAUUUAGUUUUCACUUUACCUUUCCUUGAGGGUGAUUAUGCUUGUAGAGUGAGGAAUGAGGAUCAAGAAAGUUUACAUUUUAAAAAAUUGGCAUCAAUAUCAUUUCCAUACAAGCUUUCAUGAAA